AUGUCAAAAGUCAAUCAGGAACUUUAUGAAAGAGCAAUACAGAUAAUAAAUUAGGACGCAUAGAUAUAUCAAAAAUUAAAUGCAACUCAAUUUGAUAAAGGAUUGGAUCUUUUUGAGAUUUAUUCAGAAUGCUAUGAUAUAAAUGUUAUUGCUAACAAUAAUGUCUAAAGAAUAAUAACAUCUAUUGAUUCAGAAUCCAAAAGUAUUUAUGAAAAAGAAAAAGAGUUUGAACAAAAUGAUGCUUUAAUUUAGUUAUAAUUUUUACUCAAAUAAAUAUAAAACUAGUACUCAAGUGAUAUCAGAUAUUAGAAAAUUAUAGCUGCUACUGAAGAACUUAUUUCUUUUAUAGAGAAUCAUAGUGAUCUUUGUAAAAGAUUCCGAAUAUAAAGUGAUCAAUUAAUAUACUUAAGAAUAUGUGGUUAAGAUCCUCUUUAAUCACUUAUUUUAAAAUCUGGACUAAAUUUACUUACUGAAUGGUUGGUGGCAAUGUUAUACAAAUUAAGAAUAAACAAAAAAAUUGAGUUUGAGGCUAAAACUUAGGCGAGAUAUUAAGCGAAUGUAGUGUUAGAGUUUGUCUUGAAAACGUAGGAUUCUGGCGUAAAAAAUAAAAAGGAGUAUUAACAAAGAAUAAGGGAAACUUUAUUAGCAGAUUCAUCGUUGACUGCAGAGAUCUUAUCAGAGGGAUUUGCUUUAUCAAAAUUAACAGAAUAUUUAGUUGGAUCGUUGUAAGGGGGCUGUUGUGAGAUUAGUCAAUGGGUAAAGAGUGUGAAAUAGAUUGCAAAUUUGAAAUUGAAUGGUACAUCGAAUACGUCUGAAAACUAGUGA